CUUUUUGUUAUAACUUCCCAUAUACAACACACAUAUAAAUCACAAACAACAAUCCUUUUCCAUUUUUGGAUCUUUCUUUCCGAUUCAUCGCAUCCUCAUUCUCAUCCUCAUCUCCCACCUUUGCUUUACGCUUAUUAUCGGUUUCUCUCUAAUUUCUCUCUUCCCAUUCCCAUUCCCAUUCCUCUGCAAGAUCAAGAUCAAGAUCCACAUUUAACUUUGACCGCCUGGUCAAACUCAAACUCCAUACACUUAUGAAUCAGACCGUCCACCUCCGAUCACCGCCGGGGACUCGCCAGCAGCCGCUGCUUACAGAACAGUCGACCAACAAAAAGAACGAAAAGCGGCGGCUGGCGGAGGUGGCAGGCGGAACGGCGGCGGAGUGCGCGGCAAUAUGCUGUUGCUUUCCAUGCACCCUUAUGAACCUUCUCAUAUUGACCGUCUACAAACUUCCAGUGGGGCUCUGCAAAAAGGUGUGGAACAAGAAACUGGCUAAACGACGCCGCAUCGCUAAGAAAAACAAGGCCCUGUUGCAGCACAGGCCGCCGGCCGACGACACGUUUCCGCCGUCGUGUCUGUCGUCGGAGGACGUGGAAUUGGAGGAGAAGAUCAUGUGGGACCGAUUCUACGGGACAGGCUUCUGGAGGACACCGUCUCAGAGAGAGACGUAACUCUACAAAAAAAUUGCGACUUUGGAUUGGGUUUAGGGUUAGGGUUCCAUAAUCACACAGCUUCACCAAGAUCGUUACGUUACGUUCAAAGAUUUUAUCUUUAAUUAAUUUUCCUCUUUCUCUCUCUUAUUUGAACGGAAAUUUUUCUUUAUGGGUUAUUUUGUUUUUGUUUUUAGUUUUCUAUUAUAUUUUUUAGCAACAAUCUGUCAAUAUUUCAAACGUACAAGUUUAUUUUUGAGUCCCUUUUUGUCCGGACUAGUCCUGUAUAUUCAAAUUACUUGAAGAAUUCAAAUGUCGACUCCAACGACAAGGACUGAGCACUAGAGAGCGAUUCGAUUUCAGAAUCUCAGUUAAAGAUUCGUGUAUCAUGUAGUUUGUUUACUACGAUAUUUGAAGUUCUUCUAUUGAUUUUCAAACUGCAACGGUUUAUUAUCAUCCAAAUAAUCUCCUUCACAUCUAAGCCGUUCGACACUGGGUUUCAGUCAUCUCAAAGUUUCUUUCUUCUGCCUUCUUCACAGACUAUAAUUUCCCUUUCAGCUUCUUUCUUACCCAUUUGUACUUUGAUUUAAUGAUAUGAUAUCGUUCACUUUUAACAUAAGUUCUCAUUUACUUUUGAUUUUAUCUAAAAGUCCUCGUACUAAUGGAGAUAUUACUCUCAUUGGCUAUGAUUCUCAUCUAGCCAAUGUAAACCUUUGAUCAAACACGAGCAACAUCUUCUGAGAUAUCAAUUUUCAAAUUAAACCAUAUUGAAGUCUUAAUCUCUUGGAAGGAAAAAGCCAUGAAACCAGUUCCUCCACUCUGCCUUCAUUAACCAUGUGAGAAAUGGUUGCAUGUUCAUGCAGAAAUCCCAUUGGUUUGCUAAGUGCUUCCAGCUUUCAUGACAUGAGGCAGCCAUUACAUUGCUCCUGAGCUUGCCUCUGUCGUUGAGGCUUCUCUUCAUUCUUCCGACGAAUUCUCUCUUGUUCAUCAUUGUCAGCUCCAGGAAUUGUUUCUAGGAAGAACCAGAUGUUUUAUCUCUGUGAUCUUCAAAGUACCCAUACCACCUAUUGUUAUUAGAAAUAGAAUCGCACUUAACCACAGAAUUAAGUGAGGUUCCAGAACAGGUUCAUCGCUGACAUCCAUGUUUAGAAAUUAUCCAUUGGAGGGAUGAGGUGAUGCUGCAGCCAACAGUACUGAAAGUUCUCAAAAGUGGAUUGUCUGUACUAGCUUGGACACAGUUUUCGCACCGGCGGGUCCUGAAGGCAUCUGAGUCGCCUUCUAGUGUUCUCUUUGUUAGACUUUCUAUCCUUAAUAUUAAAUCUAGACGCUGGAGACAUCUCCUUGAGUCCAGAAUUUGUCCACCAA